GAAAAUUAAAAUAUACUCCACUCAAGAGAACUCUGUACUUUGCACUUUGGUUAAAGUCUCAUUUAGAUUUAAAUUUCUGAAAUUUGCUUAAGAAAUUAAGUUUUCUUUGAUCUCCUCCCUUCUGAAUUGCAGAAAUCAGAUAAAACUACCUGAUAAAAUGACUUCUUGUCAAGUUGCUGAAGAUCCCAUAAAAAAGGUUGCUAUAUUUGGAGGAACUCAUGGGAAUGAGCUCACAGGAGUAUUUCUAGUUAAGCACUGGCUGGAGAACAACACUGAGAUUCAGAGAACAGGGCUGGAGGUAAAACCAUUUAUAACCAACCCAAGAGCAGUGGAGAAGUGCACCAGAUAUAUUGACUGUGACCUGAAUCGAGUUUUUGACCCUGAAAAUCUUGGCAAAAGAAUGUCAGAGGAUUUGCCAUAUGAAGUAAGAAGGGCUCAAGAAAUAAGUCGUUUGUUUGGUCCAAAAGAUAGUGAAGAUUCCUAUGACAUCAUUUUUGACCUUCACAACACUACUUCUAACGUGGGGUGCACUCUUAUUCUUGAAGAUUCCAGGAAUGACUUUUUAAUUCAGAUGUUUCACUAUAUUAAGACGUCUCUGGCUCCAUUACCCUGCUAUGUUUAUCUUAUUGAGCAUCCUUCCCUCAAAUAUGCAACCACACGUUCUAUAGCCAAGUAUCCUGUUGGUAUAGAAGUUGGUCCCCAGCCUCAAGGAGUUCUGAGAGCUGAUAUUCUGGAUCAAAUGAGAAAAAUGAUUAAACAUGCUCUUGAUUUUAUACAUAAUUUCAAUGAAGGAAAAGAAUUUCCUCCCUGUGCUAUUGAGGUCUAUAAAAUAAUGGAGAAAGUUGAUUAUCCCCGGAAUGAAAGUGGAGAAAUUGCUGCUAUUAUCCACCCUAAACUUCAGGAUCAAGACUGGAAACCAUUGCACCCUGGGGAUCCUGUGUUUUUAACUCUUGAUGGAAAGACUAUUCCACUGGGUGGAGACUGUACUGUGUACCCGGUGUUUGUAAACGAGGCGGCAUAUUAUGAAAAGAAAGAAGCUUUCGCAAAGACAACUAAACUAACACUCAAUGCAAAAGGUAUUCACUCCUCUUUGCAUUAGAAAUCAUUUCUAACUCACUUGUUAUAAAGUACCUUGACAAAUUCCACUCGUUUGUAAAGUACGAUUUUGAAGAGCAAGAUGGUGCCUUAUUCAACUUCAUUUCCAAAGCACAUAGCCCAGUGCCUUGCCCACAGUGGACAUUCAGGUAAAUUUCUUGAAUGACUCAAUACAUUAAUGAAUAUCUUUUAAAGAUGUUGUACUUUAUAUAUGCAGCUUAUUCAAUGAAGUGCAUUUCUUAUUUCUGUAUAACUUUUUAUGCAAUAUACUUAGUUUAACAUUCUUUGUAAACAGCCUUUAAAUUCAAAUUUUAACAUUGAAAUAGAGACUACACACAGAAAGUUA